AUGAAUGCUCCAGCUGCAUUCGAAUCUUUUUUGAUUUUCGAUGGUGAACGUAAGAUAUCUGUUGAAAACGAUACCAAGGUGCCAAAUGCCGCUGUCUUCACUAUCAACAAAGAGGAUCACACUCUAGGCAAUUUAUUAAAACAUCAGCUGUUGAAGGAUCCAAUGGUUCUGUUUGCUGGGUACAAAAAUCCUCAUCCUCUUGAACAUAAGAUUGUCCUCCGUGUUCAAACAACAGGUCAAACUACACCAGCUGACGCUUUAAUAAACGCUAUCACGGAUUUGAUCGCGGAACUGUCGCUGUUUGAGGAGAGAUUUAAAGUAAUUCUCAUAUAUCAUUUCCUUAUUAUACCUCUUCGCAUGCAUUGCCAUCUUUAG